CCGAAACGGGCUGAAAAUUUCGUUCGUCGCGCUCCGGGAAACGGCAACAAGAUUGCACAUUUACUGGAAAACCCCCUGCAUCACGGCAACGGUGGAACGGCGGAUCGUCUUGGCGUAGACUUCGAGUUCUACAACGUGGCCUCCAAGGUGCAUCCGAGUCCGGGGGCGGCGCGCAGCGUGUGGGCGCUGCCCCUGACGGCCUCCUCCUCGUGCAACAUGGUCGUAGCGGAGGAGGAUGGCCAUGCCCACAACGACGACAUUCAUUUGGAUCACCGGCCGCACUCGCCGCCGCUGACAGGACGUGGGCCAGGUGGCGGUCAUGGUGGUGGCAACGAGGACCACGACAAUGUGCUUCUGUUUGAGGGGCUAGACGGGGCGACAACCGUCAAUCUGGACGACAUCUUCGAUAUCAUCAAAAACGGCGAGGUCAGCGAGGUGGAGAACCUGGUGGACAAGUUUGGCAUGGAGUGCCUGUCGGCGAGGGAUCGGCAUGGCUACACCCCUGCCCACUGGAUAGCCCUGAACGGGAACGUCCAGUUGAUGAGGUACCUCAUCGAGCGCACGGCCCCCAUUGAUCUGCCCUGUUUGGGAACCCAAGGCCCGAGGCCCAUUCACUGGGCCUGCAGGAAGGGCCACGCCUCCGUCGUGCAGGUGCUCCUCCAGGCGGGCGUGGCCGUCAACGCGGCGGACUUCAAGGGAUUAACGCCACUCCACCUGGCCUGCAUGUACGGACGGACAGCCACGGCUGCCUAUCUCCUGGGAAUGGGAGCCCUAAACAACCUGACGGAUAUCAACGGCGACACGGCGCUCCAUUGGGCGGCGUACAAGGGACACGCGGAUCUGAUGCGUCUGCUUAUGUACUCGGGCGUGGAGCUACAGAAGACGGAUAACUUUGGAUCCACGCCGUUGCAUCUGGCCUGCCUCUCGGGGAACAUGACCUGCGUGCGCCUGCUGUGCGAGAAAUCCCAGCUGGAUUUGGAGCCGCGUGACAAGAAUGGUAAGACGCCGAUCAUGUUGGCUCAGGCGCAUCAGCAUCAGGAUGUGGUGCGACUGCUGUACGGCGAGGUGAAGAAGAAGUCCCGCUGGAUACCCUCGGUCUCUGAGAGCUGGGGGUGGCUCUUUGGAGGAGCCGGCGACUCGAAGGGGCCGCUGUUCCUGUUCCUCUUCUCGGUGCUGCUAUGGGGUUAUCCCAUGUACAUGAUUCGUGCGAUACCGAUCACCUGGAAUAUCCUGCGACGCUCGCACUACUGCUUUAUCUACUGGAACGCCGUAAUGUGGAUCAGUUGGGCCAUAGCCAAUCGAAGGGAUCCUGGCUACAUUCCCCUCAGUUCGGACGCCUACUACAGGGCCAUCAAGCAGAUCCCGUAUUUCGACAAGCAAAAGCGGAAUGUGAUGCUGACCCGGCUGUGCCACAGCUGCCGGUGCCUUCGUCCGCUGAGGGCCAAGCAUUGCCGUGUGUGCAACCGGUGUGUCUCCUACUUUGACCACCACUGUCCCUUCAUCUACAACUGCGUUGGCCUGCGGAACCGCAUGUGGUUCUUCCUUUGUCUCUCGGUAGCCGUCAAUUGCUCCUUUACGAUCUACUUCGCCUGCUACUGUGUGAUGAUCGAGGGCUUUACGAUGCUCUACGUGCUGGGCCUCAUCGAGGCGGUGGUCUUCUGCGGUCUCGGCUGGAUACUUACCUGUACUUCGAUCCUGCAUGCUUGCAUGAAUCUUACCACGAACGAGAUGUUCAACUACAAACGCUAUCCGUAUCUGCGGGAUAAGCGCGGUCGCUACCAGAAUCCCUUCUCGCGCGGCCCAAUCCUGAAUCUGCUAGAGUUCUUUGUCUGCCUGCCGGAUAGAGGAGAUGAUAAUGAUCUGCUGUUGGAGGAUAACAUUUGAUUAAGGAUCUAGGAGCGAGCCCCCGCUCGACGGCGCAAACUGCCUGUGCGUGGAUAAUGAAGAUAGGUGGCAGCCGGCGACGACCCAAUCGGGUAGGCUGCCCCCAGGCUUAGUGCUUACUUCUGCACGUGUUUUAUCAUCUACAAUUGCAAUCGAAGGAUACCACAAAGGACGAGGGGAGCCUUGAGCUUGAUUCCAUUAUAUCAUAAGAACGCCAGAACGUAUCCUUUCGCUUUUUACCUCUAGCCUUGGA